ACGGGGCGUCCCCGUUUAUCUGCCGGGGAAUAACUCCCCCUAGCGGACAAAAAGUGAGUUGCGGAAGCUUCAAAUAAGCCUUCUUGUUUUUUUGUGUCCUGACAUGAAGUGCGUAACAACUAUCUUUACUGACAGAGGAAAAGUGACGGCGUUAUGAAUGGAAGCAAAACAGUGGUCGUUACAGGGUUUGGACCUUUCAGACAGUUCUUGGUGAACCCGAGCUGGAAGGCAGCCCAGGGGCUGAAGGUGUUGGGAUUGGGAGAAUGGAUUGAUAUUUACAUCAAGGAGCUACCAGUGAGUUAUGUCAAGACUCAGCAAAUCAUUUCUGAGAUUUGGCAAACUCUGAAGCCAAAGUUUGCAGUACAUCUGGGCAUAGCCAGGGGCUCCAGUGUCGUCAUCUUGGAGCAAACAGGGAAGAACAGCAGAUACAGAGACAAAGAUGUGUGUGGUUUCUGUCCUGAGAGUCACUGCUGCGUGGAAGGAGGACCAGAGAAACUCUGCUCCAUCAUUAACAUGAGGGCUGUUUCCAAACAGUUCAAAGAAGUAGGAAUGGAUGUCGUUUAUUCAAGAGACGCCGGCAGAUACCUGUGCGAUUUUGCGUAUUACUGCUCACUGUAUUACGGGCAGGGGAGAGCAGCCUUCAUGCACAUACCCACAUCUGGCAGCCUGGCCUCAGCUGACAGGCUGGUUCCUCUGCUGCAGGCCCUCGUUCAGACCAUGCUCGACCAGCUGGAGGACCCUGCGGAACCAGCACAAAGAAACGAUGACCUCUGAUUCCUCAAUCCUGCCUGCAGUCACAUCAAGGUAGAUCUACUAAAAGACACAAACAGACAACACAUCACUGAAUGUUGUGAAUGACAAAUUGUGGCUUCAGAGUGAAUUAAGUAGAACAAGCAGUCAUAGUUCUCAUUCAUUUAUUUAUUCCAAAUUUCAGAGAAAAAAAAAAGAAAAUACAAGAAAUUCUCAGAUACACAUUUGGAGAUGGCAUGUCAAAAAACACACCAUCUCAGCUAUAGGUGUGAAAAAACUUUUUGAGGCCUCAGAUACAGUUUGAAAGAAGACAGAGUCUAGUGAACGUUUAUGGUUAUUUCUUUUUUUCCCCCAAUCAGGUAAUGAACACACAGAUUUUGUGAAAGUAUUAUAAUAAUAAAAUAAUAGUAGUAGAUCAAGGCCCCCUCAGAAGGUAUAGGAAUGCAAAUCAUAAAAAAACAGAGGCAUGAUAAUGAUAAACCUCGAACUUAUUAUUGCAGUUUGAAUGCACUGACGCAUCCUCCAUAAACCUGAGGUCUGCAUGAAGAACAUUCUGAAGAACUGAAAUGAUAGAUGAUUACGUCAGAUGUGUUCUAGUUAAUGACUGUAUACUUAUGCUGGAAAUCUGGUAAUGCAAAAAAAAGCAACUAGUGUGAAGCUGUAAACUUAGGCCUAUCAUUUUUUUCUAAUCAUGUUGUUUUUACUCUUUACCAUGUCUACCCGUAAUCUAUGCAACAUCCCUGUCCUAUAUAUAUAUAUGUCCAUGUAUUUAUUUAAAUGCUUGUGACAGGUUUGUGAUCUAAUGGUAACCAGUAAUUCACCUCACAAUAGGUCAAUGUAAUGUCUAUUCCCCGAACUGAAAAAGAUGAAAUAUAUAUAAGAAAUAUUUGUAUUUUAUCAUUACAUACAUCCAAACUGGAAAAUAAAACAAACAGAAAUGCACAGAUAUGUUAAGUAACUACACAA